AUGUCUGGGGAAAUGGAAGUUGACCCUCCGCUCUCUCCAGAGCCACAGCAUGCCACUGGAACUGGGUCUGAGCCGCGCACCCGCGCUUCAGCUGCAGCAGUGCGCAGUAUUGAAGGAUGGAUUAUCAUUGCGACGAAUAUACACGAAGAAGCAUCAGAAGAAGAUGUCACAGAUCUAUUCGCCGAGUAUGGUGAUAUCAAGAACUUCAAUUUAAACCUCGACCGACGGACAGGUUACGUGAAGGGCUACGCGUUGAUAGAAUACCCCACCCUCCCGGAAGCAGAGGCAGCUAUAAAGGCUCUGCACGGCGCCAAAUUACUUGACCAAACAAUAGAAGUCGACUUCGCUUUCGUGAGGCCCCCGCCUUCAUCCAAGGGGAAACCUGGCGGGGGUGGUCAGAAUUCAAACCGCGGGCGUGGUGGAAACAGGGGACGAAGCCGGAGCCGCGAAAGAAGUCGCAGCCCCGAGGGGAAUAACAAUCGAUCUUAG